CGCUCCUCCUUCCUUUCCCCCUUCUGCCCUCCUUCCUUCUUCCAGCAUCCGGACAUUUGUAUCUCUUUCAGCUGUCAGAAAAGAAUAUUGUCCGACUGGUUGGAGAAGAUACUGAGUACCUAGGUACCUAGCUCUCUGGUCACGUGUAUCUACCUCGGUAAGAAAAUGUCGAUGACGCUUCCCGACUUCGAAGCUUCUGAGCUCGUAAUAUUCGCACAAUACAAUAACGAAGACAUCAACCCUGAUCAGUUUCGGCGCCGAGUCUUGCAAAUACAUCAUGUCUUCACUUAGACUUGCCUUGCGCUCUGUGAGACCUUCAAUGGUCCUCACACGACCAAUAUCAACAACCUCACGGCGAAUGGCUGGUCCUGGUAAUGCGAAAGAGCAUGAGACCGCGCCAGACCACCGCAAAAUACAGACAGAGAAGCCGCUGAAUCCUCAUAUGACCAACACGAAUUCAACAAUUGUUAAUGAGAUGCCUUCCGUAGGCGCCCGAAAAGUCCCGCCAGAGCUCAUUACAUCAAUUGAUCCUGAUUUUGUCCCCAAGGAUUCCGUUCCUGAGAACACCGAGCGCAUGACAGGUGGGACGCAGAAAGGCGCCCCGGAAGAUGGGCCAAAUUCUGAAUUGGGAGUUGGAGAAAUGGAAGGAGCCAAAUUCAGGGUCGAGCCUCUGCGCAGAACUGGAGAAGAUCCGAAUACCACGAGGGCCAGGUUAUUAUACCAAAGCCGUAAAAGAGGAACUCUCGAAAGCGACCUUCUUAUGUCGACAUUCGCAGAGGCACAUUUACGAGAUAUGACACCAGCGCAGAUGGCACAAUACGAUUUAUUCUUGGAUGAGAAUGAUUGGGAUAUAUACUAUUGGGCAACUCAAGAACCUACACCAACGUCACAAGAGACUGCCGAAGGCGCUGGCCAAGGUCCUGAAGGCGCCACUACUAAUGCGAAAGGUGCAAAUAUGUCACCUGUAGCCCAAGGUAUUGAUGCUGGAAAGCAAACGGGCCCGGAACUCGAGACCGAUGAAUGGAGACAAGGUCAACCAAGGAGCGGGGAAUGGGCACAGACAAUUGGCACAUUCAAGCCAGCGUAUAGACCUGUGCCUGCAAGAUGGAGGAACAGUGAGAUCCUGGCUAUGUUGAGGCGUCAUGUACUCUCCAGAUCUGCGGGAGGUGUUCUCGAGGUCGAUGCUAAGGUGAAUGGGGAGGGCUUGAACCAUAGUGUAGUAGGUACUGGUGGCGGUGGAAUGGCAUUCAUGCCUCCCGUCUUCCAGACAGACCGGCCAAACAACUAAGAGUUUGUAAACUGUACGAACAAAUAGCAGCAUUGCUUGAUGGGUGAUACUGGCCUAGCCGAUUUUCAUCGCUUCUGAGAAGUUAGAUUUCUAUGGUGAGAAGCGUUAUCAUGCACCACUUCAGUGGACGAGUGUCUUUCGGUGUCUGGUUCCUUCCUCUUUGUCCAAAAAGCACGAUAUCGACGUCAUUAUCGCAAGAGUGGAAAGAGCUAUCUUCACACAAGGGCUUUGUUCCAUCGAGGCUCUUUGUAGUUUUCUGUGUCCUGCAUGCGGUGCCUAGAGGCUGGGCUAAAGGUUAUGCGUUAGCUUAGCGGCGGCAGUAUACAUUCCAGGCAUUGCAAACGUUCCCAG